AUGCAGUUCAAGUUCUUCGUCGCUCUCGCCUGCCUUGCUUCUGCCGCGGCCGCCGUGCCCCAGUCCGCCUCCGACGAGUUCGACCCAUCCACCGCGACCAUUUCGCUUUCGUCUGGGGUCACCACCGAGACCUUCACGGCCUCCCAGGUCUUCCAGAGCCUCAUGGAGGUCGAGCCUUUCGUGACCGUUAUCGAGACGACGACUGUGUGGACUGCCACUCGCACGGUCACUGUCGCGGUCCCCACCGGCUCCCCUUAG